GGUGGUUUUGUAUCGUCGGCAACGAUUGGCUGAUGCUCCCGGGUCAAUUUAAAUGCCACAACACAACUAGCUGCGCUGAACGCUGGAUCGCAUCGGUCGGCUGUCCACUGUGUGAAUUUCGUCGGCGAAAUAAGUCUUUCCUUUACAGACGUGUGUUCGAUCUGCAGACAUGAAUUCAUGUGAGCUGUGUUGCACUGUUUCCACGGUAAAGGUGGCACCAACUGGAGAAACAAUGAAAAGAGCAAACAUUAAAAAUGCUACCUUGGUGCUUGGUCGCAAUGAGUUUCGUGACAUCAUACUCCGCAUAGAGUGUCAUAAAACCAGUACUAAGUACCUUAUGCAGGACAUUACCAUUCACAAACGCUUUGUUAAGGAUGGUAAGGCAUGUAUACAACUUCCAAAGCAGAAUCUACAGAUUAUGAUUUCUAAUUGUCCUCCACACCAACUUGCUGCAUUCUUGAAGUGCUUGGUGGUCAAGCAAGAGUGUGGUAACCAACAGAAGCCCAUCAGUGAGCGAGCAAGACUGCUGUCAGAACUGCCAAGAAAGUUUGAGGAAAUCUCCCCACUCUGUGAGAAAGAUGUCAUUACGGUCAACAACUCAAGAGCAGAGAAAGCAGAGGCAAAAGGCACAGCAACGACGCCGGCUGGUCCAGCCAAGAAGAGACUCAAACGGUUACGUGAGAAUAGCGAAUGCUCUGCUAGUGAAGAUGCUCCACAGAGGAAGAAGCUAAACAUCACCCUCAACAAGACUCAGCUUAAUCAUCAGCAGUCCAAGGUCCUUAAUGCUGUCUUGGCUGGACACAAUGUAUUCUUCACUGGCAGCGCUGGCACAGGCAAGUCAUUCCUCCUCAGGAAGAUCAUCGGAGCCUUACCACCCGAAAGCACAUUUGCUACUGCGAGUACCGGAGUAGCAGCAUGCCACAUUGGUGGGACAACACUACAUCAGUUUGCAGGCAUUGGCUCGGGCAAUCAUCCCCUUCCAAAGUGUAUUGAGUUAGCAUCUCGUCCAGCACGUAAGCAACAGUGGCGGAAAUGUCGACAUCUGAUUGUGGAUGAAAUCUCUAUGGUGGAUGGCGAUCUUUUCACCAAAUUGGAGGCCAUUGCCAGAGCAGUCAAAGCCAAGGACAAGCCAUUUGGAGGCAUUCAGCUCAUUGUCUGCGGUGACUUUCUACAACUACCUCCUGUCACCAAACCUGGAGAGAAACGGAAAUUCUGCUUCCAGUCCCAAGCUUGGAACAGAUGUAUUCAGAUGACACUGGAACUGACUCAAGUCAAGCGACAAGAGGAUCCUGUCUUCAUCGAUGUACUUCAAAACAUACGUAUUGGCAGGUGCUCCCAGGAUCUGUGUGACCGCUUGACAGCGACUGCCAAACACAGCAUUGACCGAAAUGGCAUCCUAGCAACCAGAUUAUGCACCCACAAGGAGGAUGUUGAUCUCUUGAAUCAGGUCCACUUGAAGAAACUCACAGGGUGUGCCAGGAUGUAUGACGCCUGGGACAGCGACCCCAACCUUGUCAGUGUCAUCAACAGUCAGUGCCCCGUCCCUCACAAGUUGGAGCUUAGAGUAGGAGCUCAGGUCAUGCUUGCCAAGAACCUGGACGUACAGCAAGGGUUAGUGAAUGGAGCCAGAGGAGUGGUGACAGGCUUUGGAGCUGGUGACGCUGGUCUUCCUAUUGUCAAGUUCAUGUGCGGCAUUGAGCAGACUAUAAGGAUGGAACGCUGGGCGAUCAGAGCUGGUGCAGGGUUAAUUCUCAGCCGCAGACAACUUCCGCUCAAACUAGCCUGGGCAAUCUCAAUACAUAAAAGCCAGGGCAUGUCACUGGACUGUGUGGAGAUUUCUUUAUCCCGUGUCUUUGAAUGUGGCCAAGCCUAUGUAGCCCUGUCCCGAGCACGCAGUAUCCAGGGGCUACGUGUGCUUGACUUUGACAAGUCUUGUGUGCGAGCCCACCCAGAUGUUUUGAAAUUUCAUCACCAGUUGCGUCGAGAGCAGCGCAUGAUGCAGACUAGUAUUGUUGACUAUGCAGACAAGGAGAACGUCAGGCCGUUUUAUUGAAGGUAUCAUCUGUACCACCUAUUUCAGCCAGGGUUAAUUUGAUUGCAGUUGGUAUAUAAACCGAAGUCACUUUAUCACAUUGGUGGAUUUUUGAAAGUAAAAAUUACAACGGUGUCCAAAUUUCUACUAGUUACAAAUGUCCUUUAUGCGUAUGAAAAAUAGUUGUACAACUGCAGAACUUAACUCUGAAUUAUGAAGCAAGUAGUUAAGCCAAGCACAGUAUGGCCCCAUUUUCUGAAAUAUUCCCUUUUCUUUUUAAUUGAUGGGUAUUAUAGGCGGCCUAAGUUUUCAAGUCAUCAGUCUAUUCUGCAAUGAUAGACAGCUUUCGCAGGACAAAAAUGGAAACAGAAAAUGUUUUCUUACAUUUGAAUUUCCUACACAUUGUUUUAUUUUUAUUUACAAUGUCAGUCGUUUAUAACAUGAAUUUUUAAGAGCAAUAAAGAUAAUAUAAAAAGUGUUGUAGUCUA